AUCUGGAAAGUUUUGUAUCGGCACACAGUCUAAAAAGAACGUGCGGGGCAAUAUUAUUAUACUUAUAAUUUAUUAUUAGUGGAAGAUUAGCCCUUGACCGAAUUAGUAAUUUGGUACUGUAUUAAUUAAAAUUUUUUAUUUAAAAAGUAUAAUUAUUGAAAAAGUUGAUUGACAUAUUUUUUUUUCAAAUUGUUCUUUCGAUGUAAUUCAAAUCUAAAAUUAGAAAAAAAAUCAAAUUACACGUACACUGAGCUUUCCCAAGAAAAUUGAUAUAUUAAUAAUAAUAUUUCAUUAUAAUCGAUGCAUUUCCGUCCGUCAAAAGAAGUCAUUACCGUCUUAGUUUUGAUGAGGAUCAAAAUUCAAGCGUGUCUUUAGACGUUAAUAUAAAUGCCACGAUUUUUUUUAAAGGGUACUAUUUGAAUAUUUGCAUUAGUACUGCAAGAAAGUAAGAAAAGAUAAUAAUUCUACAUAAGUUUAGUACAAAAGAAUCGCAUAUUUCGUUAUUAUUGAAGACAUUGCUUAAUCUUACUUUGACCAUGCAACUGAAAUAUGCACAUAUUUUACUUAUUUUCCUAGAAACUGAUCAUACUACAUGAUAUAUUUCUAGGCUGUGUUUUAUUGUAGUUUAAGAUGCAUAUAAAAGAUGCAUUGUGUUUAAUGGUUCUUUCAAAAUCAUAGGACGUGCAAUAGUACUAACUCGUAAAAAUGAAUUAAACGUGGUAAAUAUUCCAUAAUCCUAAUGUAUUGUCAACAUAGGUAAUAGAAUAGUCAAUUUUAUGUUUUAAAUUGAAAAUUGACAUAGUUCAAAUAAUACGAUAUUAAUUAAAUUUGUUAAACUUCAAGUAUUAUUUACUUCUUCAAAAGGGACAAUAAAAAUAUAUUUUUUAUGGAAAGCAGGAAUACUUAUCAGAUUAGAAGAAGUGUAUUAAGAAUUAAUGUAUAUGCGUUUACUUAACCGAAUGUACAUUUUAUAUCUUAUUGUUAACUGUAAUUAGAUAACCUAAUAUUGAAUAUACAGAUAGUAGCAAAAGUAGCAUUAAUGGUUGUAGGUCAAGAUUAUUGAUAAAAAAACAAUAAUCUUGUAUAUGUAAUGUUAUUAAUAAUGUUUAGAUCAUUGAUAUUUUUCCAAAAUAUAUUGAGGUGAGUCGUUAAAUAUUUUUAAACUAUCCAGAUAUGUUAAUGCUCACUGAAAAUGUUUUUGCUGGUUAUGAUAUUUCCAUAAACAUCUUCAUAAUUUAUAAGCGUGUACUAUAUUUGUAGCAAUGUUUAAUAUCUACUUAAACGUAAGCAUCUUCUUAAAUUCGAUAAUCCAAAGAUUAAACAACAAUACAUUUUUUUUACAGAUAUUCGUGUAAAUUAUACUUGAUUGAAAUUUGAUAUAAUUCUUAGACACUACUAAUAGUAUUCAAUAAUUUUAUUUUAAUUAAGAAUAGCUACAAUUUCAUCAUAAAAUGGCACUGUGGUGCAUUGUAUUAAUGAUGAUAAUUUUGCAUAAAAUUUAGUCCUGCACACAAUGAUGUCGACAUUGAUACAUUUGUACCUUCUGGAAGAAACUGUUAUUCAUUGUAUGUUAUUAUGUACUACAAUAGUCUAACAACAAAAGAUGUAAUCUAAAUCAAAAUUAUCUCUCUAUGGUUCAUGUAUUUUGCAUAAUGGAAUUUUUAUGUGUGAAAUAUUUGAAGGACAAUACAUUUAAAAAAGAUUUGACAUGUGCAAGAAACAAAUGUGUAAAUAUAAAAUGUGCCUGGAUGAAAAAAAAAAAUAUUUAUAUUAAAUCUAGUAGUUUUGUAAUUAUGUAAGUUAUGAAAUUCAAGUGACCUGAAGAUUGUUGCCCCCUUCAGUUUUAUUAUAUUGAAGAAUUAUAUGUAUAUGUGUAUAUGUACACAUGUCUAAUUGUGGUAUAACGUAAAAUAACGCAUAAUUGAAAUAAAAGAAUUAACGAUUAGCUUGUAAAUUUACCUGGAGUUUUUAUUUUUAAAACGCGUUAUCCCCGGAAAAAGAACACGUAUAACUAAAAAUGACUCACUGAGGGGGGACUCGGAGGGACCCAAAUAUUCACAGUUUAGACUCGUCCCUGCGUAGUGACUCACAUCCCAAGAUUGCUUGUAGAGGCGCUUUGCCGCCAUAGCCGCUUUAUCCGCUCGUGUUUGUGAAUUGGUUUUUCUUAUGAAAGUCGGAGUCGUUGAGUGAACUUCGGUACGGUUAGUGGUCGGUGGAAUACUAUGGACGCAGAAAACGUCGCGUUUGGUUAAGUUCCAUUAUUAAUCCGUUUUUCUCAGCGAGAAAAUCAGUGUUCUAACCAACGCCACCGAAUAUUUUAAUGCUCCUGUAAAACCGGCUAUUCCACGGACAGGUAGACAGGUAUUCCAAUCUGUUCGACCGUUUGGAAGUUGGGUGACACACCUCCGAAGAACUUCCCAUCUAACUGGUUUUUUUUCUUCACGGAAAAUACGGACAGAAGUAAGGUUACACGACAGAUAUCUGUGGACGUUCAUUUUCGGGCCCAUUUACACGAAUCCGUAAAAUCAGUGCGAUACGUAUCGUGACAGAACGCAAUUUGUAAAAUAUCACCGAGUGUUUUCACAACAGUGUUAAAUAAAAUGUUGUAACAGUGGUGUUUCCUCCCUCUCGUAUUAUGCGUUGCUAUCUCGUGGCGGGAAAUUGGUUUUGAAGAAGUAAACGUCAUUAGUUUUCAGCUGGCCUCCCCCCUCUGUGAUUAUUCUUCGGAUAACGAAUUUUGAGUUGCGAUUAGGAAAAUUCUUAAUUUUAUUCGACGACACACGGGGCACACGGUUUAUCCAUAACGACCGCUACUGGCUGUACUCUUGCAUUACCGAGAAUUCUUUGGAGUUUUGGCUUUUCCCGGAAGGCGAUGCUUUUUAUCUUCUCAUCAACGAUCUGAUUAAAGCUUUCGAAACUUAAAAAAAAACAAAAACAAACGAACAAGCAACACAAAUGCCGAAAUCGGCACACAAGUGGACAUUUUGGAGAAAGUGCAAGAGGUCGGCUGGCGACGAGAACGACGAGAAUAAAAAAGGAAAACGGAAACGUUCGGCGAAAACUGUGACCGACCCGCCGCCGAAAGAGAAGGAAAUCCCCACGUUGGAAGUCCCGGUCUUGGAAGUGAAAAGAAAAACCAUGGAACACGCGGUCACGAGAUGCGACAACCGUUUGCCAAAACUGACACCCAUCACGGACGACUACGAAAUCAGUAAUCACGUGCUUGGUCUCGGGAUCAACGGAAAAGUUGUUCAGUGUUACGACAAAAGUACGAGGGAAAAGUAUGCGCUCAAGGUGUUGUAUGAUUGUGUAAAGGCUCGAAGAGAAGUUGAAUUGCAUUGGAGAGCAUCGAAUUGCAGACAUAUAGUUCAAGUUAAAGAUGUAUAUGAAAACACAUACAGUGGAAAUAAAUGUUUAUUGGUUGUUAUGGAAUGCAUGGAAGGAGGAGAGUUAUUUGAGAGAAUACAAGACAGACAAGAUGGCGCAUUUACGGAAAGAGAAGCUGCACAAAUAAUGUAUGAAAUUUGUGUUGCUGUGAAGCACCUACAUGAUAUGAACAUCGCGCAUAGAGAUCUCAAACCAGAAAAUCUUCUCUAUUCCAGACCUGAUACUACCGGAAUAUUGAAGCUUACAGAUUUCGGUUUUGCAAAAGAAACGCAUUUAAAAGAUACGUUACAAACGCCGUGUUAUACGCCAUACUAUGUGGCUCCUGAGGUUCUGGGACCGGAGAAGUAUGAUAAAAGCUGUGAUAUUUGGUCACUUGGAGUUAUCAUGUAUAUAUUAUUGUGUGGUUUCCCACCUUUUUAUAGCAACCAUGGUUUGGCGAUAUCGCCGGGAAUGAAAAAAAGAAUUCGUUUAGGUCAAUACGAUUUUCCAGCUCCUGAAUGGUCAAAUGUAAGCGCAGAGGCGCAAGAUCUUAUCAAGGGUAUGUUGUGUACAGAUCCAGCUAGGAGAUUGCAAAUCAGUGAAGUUAUGCGAAACAAAUGGAUUUCCAAACACACGGAAGUACCAGCCACUCCUUUACAUACUGGUCGCGUACUUCGAGAAGGUGAAGAGCUUUGGCCAGAGGUUCAAGAAGAAAUGACACGGUCUUUGGCUACGAUGCGUGUAGAUUACGACACAGCUAAUUUGAAACAAUUGGACCAUACGAAUAACGCGUUAUUAAUUAAACGCAGACGGGCAAAGCAAUCGAACGCGGUACCCACAGCCGCUAAUCCUACGCCUGCUUCCUAGGGAGACGCAACAAGGGCCAGACAGGACUGGUGUAUUUUUUUACGUAGGUGGAUAAGGUAUAGCCUAAUUACAAUGAGAAUUGUUUUCUGACAAUUACGGUGCACGAAAGAUGAGAGAUUACAAACCAAGAUUAUUUUGAACGAAAGAUUAUAUGUACACACCGAAAUAUUAUAGAAAAGGAAAACACGGAAGCAAUGAUUCAAUGGUAUGUCUACAUUUGUGCUGGUAUACAUUUAUUUGUUAUCGCUAAACAAAUAUUUUUGAUUGCUAACACUGAAUAAUUGUACUUAAAUUUUGGAAGUACUAUUAUCAUGGUAUACACAUAUAGAAAAUAAUAAUAGGUGCAUACUUACAAGGGGGAAUCUUACAACACUUUAGUUACGGUGCAUUUUUUAUUUUCUAUAGUAAAAAUAAUAGUACUUUAAAAGGUCUAAUAAUACAAAACUAAACAACACGUGACUGUGAAGUAAAAAUGUGUGUCACGGUCUAUAUCUAUUGAUGAAACGUUGACAAUAAAAUGUUUUGUCAGUAAUUACUGCAUAUACAUAUAGUACAAUGAUAUACGAGAAAAAAAAAACAGAAAUAUUCAAGAUGUUUCUCAAGUUUACGUAAAAUAAUGUAUAACAGUGUUUUUGGCCUACAUAGGACAGACUUAAUAUCGAAAGUCCGUUAUUUACAACACGCCAUUUAGUAGCUAAUAUAACAAAUUCCUUGUCAUUCGUUUACUUAAAAAUUAUUUUAUAAGAUUCGAGAACAUUACGUGUAUAGCGACAUUUUAUAUAUUAUUUUUAAAUUAUUAUUCUGCUUUUAUUUAUCAUAAUUCACGUAUAAGAAUUGAAUACUUCAGAUCAUAACCUAUAUACAGCUAAAAGUCACCCACGUUAUUAAAGCAAAGCAUAAAUAAAAAAGAAAUAGAAACAAUAUACUUCGAAGUGAUAUUUUGACUGAGGCUGAAUAUAUGUAUAUAUAUAUGUAUGUUUCUUUAAUUAUUCCUUGAACAUUGAAGAAAUAUGUUUACUUUUUAAACAACUUCUUAAAAACACAAAACUUAUAAUAAUUAGAACGAAGCCUAAAAACAAAGAUGUCAACUUUAUUGAAUAAAUGUGUUAGCCAUAUUUUAUUAGAUAUAAUCUAAAAUAAAAACUGAAGUGAAUUUAGAUGAAGAAAUUAAUUCGAUGCCUUAAUCGAUAUGAGGUCAAUUUUUAAUGUAGCGUAAUUUCGACUAUAGAAUUAUUAUUAAGUAUUUUUAUUAGAAACAGAUUUAACUUCAGUCAAGGUGCGAUAAAAUCUCGCAAGUGUGUUAGUGUUUCUUCAGAGAUGACUGAUAUGUUGUAAAAUGUAAAUAUUAUAUGUAUGAAUUAUUUUUAAUAAGAUAAUUUGUAUCUGCACUAAUUAUUAAUAAUCAGUAAUAUUAUUAGUAGCCCUCCACAGAUUAUAAGUAAUCAAAAUGUCAUGAUUGAAAGUGGAUUUUUUGACUAGUAAAUUACAGGCGAACGAAAGUGAGUAGGCCUAGGCCUUAAUUUGCUUCUGCAAUUCUAUGUUAUUAAACAAAGGGAAGUUAAAUAAAGGUAUUGUAUAUUUUUUAUUUGACUAUGUUAAUGAUACCAUUUUUUUUAUGUAUCUGGAAUUAUACAAUACACCUACAUAGAAUUGUGGAAACAAUUUUGUGCGGUAUAAAUAUCACGCGAUCGUUAUUCAGCUCCUAUAUUUUCACGGAAAUAAUAAAACUAGUAAUUAUAAAAUGUAUAAAAAUAGCAGCGAACUUUAAUUUAAAGAAGAAAAAAACAACUUCACAACAUUUUCCUAAAUCAAAAUUAUAAAUGUAGUUCCUGAUGUAAUAUAAAUAAUUGUUGCAUUGUUGUAUUUGAUAAUAUUGCGAUAGUACAAUUUCCAUAGAUUAAAAUGAUUGUAUAUUAUAAACGGAAAUGUAUAACCUUAAUUCGGGCUGAACUACAGUAUUGAAAUAUUUUUGUAAUGGAUUUAAGUCUGUUGGUUUGCACUGCAUUUAUGAAACUUGACAAUAAAUAUACAACGUGACGUUACUGAA